AUGAGAGGCAAAAGUUCCAUGGCCCUGGUACCCAUGAACAUGGAGCCUAGAGCCAGCCAGCACAACCAGCACAUCUGGUCAGCCUGUGUGCCAACCGACGUCGACUCGACAAGCACAUUCACCGCCAGCUUCGUCAACAUGGUGGCCACCAACCCCGUGCCCGGGGCCAUUCAGGCCGAGACGCAGAUUCCCUCCGUGGAUCCUGCUCACGACCCCAACAUCGUCACAGAGAAGAUCCGCUACUCUGAGCAGGUUGAUGACCUCAAGAGCGAGGUCAGCGAUGGCGACCAGGUCACCGACCUCUUCAGCCCGUUCCCGGAGGUCAAGGGCAUCGAGCCCGAGGCUCACCCUCUCACCUUCCGUGCCGUCCUGACCGGUAUCAUUCUCGGUUCUCUUGUCAACGCAUCCAACGUCUACCUCGGUCUCAAGACUGGUUUCUCCUUCACUGCCACGAUGUUCGGCGCCAUCUUCGGAUAUGCCAUCAUCCAAGUCCUCGCCAAGACGCUUCCUAACGUGCCCAUUCUCGGCGGUCGUUUUGGACCCCAGGAGAACUCCAUCGUCCAGGCGGCUGCCACCGGUGCGGGUGGUAUGUCCGGUCUGUUCGUGGCUGCUCUCCCGGCCAUGUACCAGCUCAACCUUAUGUCCGACAAUCCCCGUGAAGACUUCCCUCGCAUUUUGACCAUCACCGUGGUUUGCGCUUUCUUCGGCCUGUUUGCUGCGGUUCCCCUUCGCAAGUUCUUUGUCAUCAACGUUGCUCGCGAGCUCAACCUCGUGUUCCCUACCCCCACUGCGACUGCCCUCACCAUCCGUUCCAUGCACGCUGUCGGGAGCGGUGCCGCCGAUGCCGUCAAGAAGAUCAAGACUCUCGGCUACACCUUCAUCGGCGCCCUGGUUCAUAUCGUCGUCUCCCAAUAUGCGGACGGCAUCCUCCAUAACUGGCACAUCUUCACCUGGUUCUACGUGUGGAGCGGUUACAAGAACUGGGCCAUGAACAUCGAGAACUGGGGAUGGUACAUCCAGAUCACUCCCGCUUUCUUCGGAUCCGGCAUGCUCGUCGGACUGAACGCUGCCAUCUCAUGGUGGGGCGGUACUUUCUUCGCCUGGGGCUUCGUUGGUCCUCUUCUUGUGAAGUACGGCGAGGCUGUUGGCGUUCAGCGUCAGCCUGAUAGUGAGAAGUGGGCCGACAGAGUGAACUUCGGUGUGAUGACCGUGACACCCGGCGAUGACUUCGUCCCAUCCCCCCGCUACUGGUUCUUGUGGCCCGGAGUAAUGGUUUUAUUGUGCUAUUCUUUAGUAGAGUUUGUGCUCCAUAUCGGAGUCGUUUUGGACGGAGCAAAGUUCGCUUUCCGCGAGGGUGCACGCAGCAUCAACAACCGCCUCCAAGCCAAGGGCAAGACGAACGAGUUCCUGGCCAAGCACGCCGCUAAGGCAGACGUCGCAAGCGGUCUCGUUGAGGACUUUGCUCCUCCCAGCCAGCAGGUUCCUAUCUGGGUCUGGGCUAGCGGCACUAUCGUGUUCGUGGCCGUCGCAUGCGUUGUCUGCCACGUCCAAUUCCACAUGAACGCCGGUCUCGCCAUUCUCGCAUGCAUUCUCGGUCUUCUCUUUGCCUUCCUCAGUAUUCACGGAGGUGCUGUUACCGAUUGCACCCCCUUGACCGCCUCGGCCAAGGCUUCCCAGCUCGUCUUCGGCGGUGUCACUAAGGGCCAGGGCUUCGACAUGAAGGGUGCCCAGCGCAUCAACCUCAUCGCUGGUGGUAUCGCCUCAGGUACUGCCGACGUUGCUACGGCUCUUGUUAGCGACUUCCGUGUUGGUUUCCUGCUUCGCACUCCUCCCCAUCUUCAAUUCUACGCACAGGCCAUCGGAGCUGCUGUGAGUGUCUUUUUGGCCCCGGGAGUGUUUGUAUUAUUUAUGGCCGCCUACCCCUGUAUCUGGGUAGAAAACAACGAUCCGAACGCAGAGUGCCAGUUUUCGGCCCCCUCCGUCGCCGCAUGGAAGGCCGUGGCUCAAGCGGUCACGCUGCCCGAGCUUCCGAUCACUAAGUCCUGCGCCAUCUUCACCAUCGUUAUGGGCGUUAUCUGCGCGCUUCAGGCCGUCGCUAAGAACUUCUACCUCGUCGGAGACCGCGCCAAGUACCGCGAGUGGCUUCCCAACUGGAUGUCCAUCGGUGUUGCCUGGGUUCUCGGACCCGACAGUGGAUACGCGAACGCCAUUCUCUUCGGUGCGAUUACCGCUUGGUGGUGGAGGAAGUACUUCCCCAAGAACUUCGAGACGCACUGCUUCGCCGCCGCCGCCGGUCUCAUUGCCGGAGAGGGCUUCGGAGGUGUUAUCAACGCAGCUCUCGAGCUUGGAGGUGUUGCUGGAGGAGAGAUCGGAUCCGUGAUCGCCCUGCCCGGCCAGGAGUGGUAG